AUGGAUUCAGGAAACCGAAUAACGACAGUAGAGAUGUCCAAUCCUCAUUUAAUAUUACACACGUUAGUAGUGUUACAUUUUUGCCUAAAUGUACUAUCACAAUUUCCACCUGCUCCGUUCCCAUACCCUGGACCACAAGGAACAGAUAUAGGUGGCCCAAUGCCACCAAUGGGACCAAUGGGACCUGUGUCUAUGGGGCAGAUGGGUCCUGUACCAAUGAUGCCAAUACCACCAUCUAUUCCAGCAAUGCCACACCGGAAAUUGCCUGUCGUCGUGAUGCCAUACUAUUCCAAACUAGCUGAUAAGAAAAGACACAUGAAGGUCCAUAGGAAAAGGAGACUGGGUCGUAAGAGAUUGGAGUAUGACUCCUCUUCAGAGGACAGCGAUUCAAAUGAUUCUUCAAACGAUUUUGAUUUCCGGACUACUAAACGUGGAGCCAUGCACAGAGGGAAAAAGAGGCAAGUGUUAACUCCUGUCGUGUCGUACGUAACUAAAGAUGGAUAUGUCGUCUACCAGAAGAAAAUAAAGAAGGAAAAAGCUAAAGAUUGGCUAGAAAUCGGUAAGAAGAAUAAUCGUUUUCAUGAUAGCAUUGAAAAAGAAGACGACAGUGAAGGAAUACAGUUGAGUGACUUGAAGAAUAAAAUUAGAUUUUCCAAAAAGAGCAGAACAGCACGUUAA